UGGAAUUUGCUGCCAAGGAGUGUGGUGGUGUCUCCUUCUUUGGAGGUCUUUAAGCAGAGGCUUGACAACCAUAUGUCAGGAGUGCUCUGAUGGUGUUUCCUGCUUGGCAGGGGGUUGGACUCGAUGGCCCUUGUGGUCUCUUCCAACUCUAUGAUUCUAUGAUUCUAAUACAAUAAGGGGGGUUCCGUUUCCUCCGUUUCUACUUGCUACAACUGGAAGCAGGUGGCUUCCAAGUGGGCUCAGCGUGCAAUUACGUCCCCCUCCCUCCACCGCUGCGCUCCUUCGGUUUCGUCUUCUCCAAAUGAGGCUCAGGGGAGCGCCAGUCCCAGCCCCAACCCUCCCUCCUCUCUCCCCUCUGCUGAAUCCCUUCGCCACUCGGCCGUGGGCAGCGCAGGGAACUGUACGCCAUGCAGAGCGCUUCACACCAACCCGUCGCCAUCAACAUGCAGUUCCACACCGGCUAUGAGCCGAGCGCGCCGCCGUGUGCCUCCCGCGCCGGAGGGGUCGCCGCCCCGCCGCCCCAGGACCAUGUGCUGUGGUCCCUGUUCAGCUUCUCGUUCCUGAACGCCUGCUGCCUCGGCUUCGCGGCGCUCGUCUACUCCAUCAAGGUGAGGGAGCGCACGAGGGCUGUGCGGGUCUCCUCUCUGUCGCCACUGCAGUCUUCACUUAUCUCUCUCCCCGUGAUUGGGUAGUAUUUCUUUCUUGCUUUUAUGUUUCGUUUACAGGAGCAUUCACCUGUCUUUGUGAGGCAGUUCUUUCUCUUUAUUUCCUCUGUCUCCCAUGCUAGGCUCACUACCACUUUGCGUUCCUUUCUCGGCAGGCUUUAUACCUCUAUUCGUUCAUUAGACAGGUUGAAUGAUGAUGAUGAUGAUAUUUAUACCCCACCCAUCUGACUGGGUUUCCCCUGCCACUUUGGGCGGCUUACAGCAUAUACAGUAUAAAACAUAAUAAAUUAUCAAAGUUCAACAAAUGCAGGUUCCCAAGGUUUGUUUUAAGAAACACUUUACCUGUUGAAUUUCUGUCCGCCAUACAGCUCUAAUAUUCAUAUGAGCCCUGAAAAGUGUCAACUCUUAACAAGCACUUAAAGGAUUGUUCUCCACCUCCCUCUUUCCUUUCAAGUUUCCCCAGAAACCCCUUGAAAGUACAUUAUGAAAACUUGUACACCAUGCUUAUAACAGGAUACAUCUGUAAAACGUGUUCUUAUUAAGUGAUCCACAAGUUAGUAGAAAAACCUUCGGAACUGGUCUUUGGUUUUCUGGAGUAUUUGUGAGUCGAGGACCCUGGCUGGUAGCUCUGGGUGAGAGUGGGGGGCAGGGACUGGGGCCAAGAAGAUGGGGCAACUUACGGUAGAUUGAAAGUUGCUCCUAUCUCUAGUCCACAGACAUGUGCAUCUUGCCACCAUGCUGCAAGUCGUUUCUGUUGCAUGUGGAUUAUGAUUCUAACCAAUGCAGUUAAGUGUUGAGGAGUGUGUGUUUUGAUAAGAUUAGACAAUCAUGGAAAGUUUAUUGGAGCUUUAGGCGUUCAGCAUGUACAAAUAUAUGUCCAUUGUUAAUUUUCAUAAUUAAUACUGUUAAAAAUUCUCUUCUCUCUCCUUUCAGUCUAGGGAUAACAAAGUGCUUGGAUAUUCUGAAAUUGCGGCUACCUAUGGCAGGACCUCCAAGUGUCUGAACAUCGCUGCUCUGAUACUGAGCAUCAUAUUCUUCAUCGUUUUCAUCAUCAUCAUCGUUCACUACAGUGCAUAGCAGCAAUGGUGUAGAUGAAGAGGAAUGGCCACUGAAUGUUGGCUCAGUGGCAAAGUGUGUGCAGAAUAUUUUCCCCAGCGUUAUAGCACUUCUUGUAAGCUUUUGUUGCCUUUUCUUCUCUGAGGGUACCCACCCUACUCUUUCACUUGCAAGGAAGGAGGCAUUCUACAUGACACCUGGUACAUCCUGCAUUUCUGGAGAUAUAAAGGUCUCAGCACUGUUUGCCACGAAGGCGGAAGAGAGACUCUGAUGUCAUCUACAACUUUGCCAUCCAGUUUGAGACUUUUAUUGAGAAAAUAAAGUGUUUGUACGAGUGUUUUUUCUUUGUCCAAGAUUCGAAUUUGUGGCCUUGCCUCUUCCUGUUACUCAUGAGAUCUAAGCAGUAUUUUUUAUGAUAUGUUUUCUACUUCAACAGGUUUAUCACUCAAGAUGUACCCUGGGAGUUUUUCUUUAUUGAAACAUGAAUUAUGAGAUGAAUUUUGAGCAAAUAAAACUAAGUCCUUAUUCUGUGUGAACAUUUUCUUGAUAAA